UCGCCAUUUUGUUUGCACAGUGUUUCGAGCUUUUACUAAGAAUUUUCAGGUGUUUAACCAUAGCAAUAAUAGUGGAAAUUGACGGCACGUUCAGCGAUCACUAAAUUAGUGAUAAUUGUGUCAGAUUGUAUAGUUUAAACUGCCAGCUUCAAUCUUCUGGCUGGGCUUCGCGAUUGGUUUUCUGUGCUUGAAGCCUGAACAGCACUUUAUAUUAUUGUGUGCAAUUUGUAAUUUUUUUGAGGAAGUCGUGUUGUGUGUCACAAUAUGGCCGACGACGAUCUCAAAAGGUUAAGAGCGGCCAGGGGACAAUCAAAGGCGGCCAUUACGAGGAUGAUGGCCUUUAAGGCGACAGCGGAGGCUGCUUCUAGCAGCGAUGCGGACCCUCUGCUAUACCAGCAGAAGAAUGAUAGGCUUGAAAAGACUUUUCAAGAAUAUAAGGAACUCAACCUUGAAAUUUCAUUGUUGGACCCUGCGGAUUCCGAACGUGUUGAGGACUUCGAGGAGAAAUAUGAUCUGCUCAAAUCGUUCUAUGCGGGUGUAGUAAACAAGGCAUUGGACGCCUCUACGUCGAGCGUCUCACCGCAACCAUCCUUUUCGUCUCCUGGAGGCUGUAAUGCCUCGCCAUUUAGGCUGCCUCCAAUAAAUCUAAAAGUGUUCGCGGGAGAGAGCAACGGGCUGCUGCCUUGGAGUCCCUGGGAGAGCGGACGCCUUCAGGGCGCCGGUCUAGUUUAGUUGCAAGUAGUGUUAAAGUGGCCAAGCCGCUUAAGUCGGGUAUAAACAAAUGUAAGUACUGCAAUUCUACUGUCCAUAAGCUUCAUCAGUGCUCGACUUUUAAGAUAUUGGAACCUCAUAAGAGGAAAGACUUUGUAGUCUCUAACAACUUAUGCAAUAUUUGCUUAAAUGAACAUAUUAGUCAAAAAUGUAUAUACUCAUUUAAAUGUGCUAUCUGCAAAGGCAAGCACAACACUCUAUUGCAUGAGGAAGUUACUCCUCAACAGUGUGCGGCAGUGUCCCACACUAUUGAACCAGCUGAUAACCUCAUUUC